CCCUGCCAAGAAUCUAAACAGAACUUGCUUGGGUUACUGACAGCUUCCACCUUUCCCUAGAGCUGAUAGAAGAAGACUAAUCAGGAAAGCUAGAACAGAAUUCUUUCAAAAGGGUUCCAUCAAAAUCUAUUAAAAACAAGGAAACAAAACAGAAACCGAGAAAAUUUGUUGUUUAUCUCUAUUCUGUAAAGUUAGCAUACGAUAUCUGCCUGAAGCGAACACCUUCCUUUGAGCUCCUGACUUGAAGUACAAGACAAUUCAUCUCAAUAUGGCAAGGCAUUCUAUUCAUCUCAAUCAUUUAUAAACCAACCUGAUCAAGAUGACAACAAUGGUUACCAGAACCUGAAUUCAAUUAUUGAGGCCAUAUUAAUGGUUUGCGCUUCAAGUGGGAUUGAGAUGGCGGCGAGUACUAGUUCAAGUUGGGAAGGAAGAGGAGCAGAGAUUGUGUUCUUUGACUUAGAAACAACAGUACCCAACAGAGGAGGACAGAGGUUCUGGGUAUUGGAGUUUGGUGCAAUUGUAGUUUGCCCAAGGAAGCUGGCUGAGCUAGAGAGCUAUUGCACCCUCAUCAGACCCAAAGACCUUUCAGUGGUUGCUCUUAAGUCCAGUCGAUCUGAUGGUAUAACGCGCGAAGCAGUUGCGAAUGCCCCUAGCUUUGAGGAUGUUGCAGACCAGAUCUUUGGCAUUUUGAAUGGUAGAGUUUGGGCUGGACAUAACAUCCAGAGAUUUGAUUGUCCUCGGAUUAAGGAGGCUUUUGCUGAUAUUGGCCGGCCUCCUCCGGUGCCGGUCGGAAUGAUUGAUUCAUUGGGGGUGUUGAGCCAGAAGUUUGGCAGGAGAGCUGGUGACAUGAAGAUGGCAACAUUGGCGGCUUACUUUGGGCUUGGUCAACAAAAGCACAGAAGUCUCGAGGAUGUCAGGAUGAACUUAGAGGUCAUCAAGCACUGUGCUACUGUUCUAUUCUUGGAGUCGAGCAUUCCGGCUGUGCUAGCUUACAACUCGCACAGAUCUCCAACUGUUGUGACAAGAAGUAGGAGUAACAGAAGGUUAUCAAAUGGAGAUGAAGUAGGCAGAAAAUCUCCUCACUCUCCUCUUGGGUACCAGAGAUCUGUUCCCUAUGCAAGGGGAAAGUUUGGAAAGAUGACAGAGAAGGUAAAGGAUCUCCUGUGUAAAGCCCAGAGCAACCAACCUCUGACUAACUUCCUCAAGCAUUCUCAUUCAUUGUUGAGAUGAUGGGAGGAAGAGGUUUCAAACCCUCAUGUCUCCAGAUUCUCCACUCUUCUUCUUCUACUGCCUGAAGGAUCAAAUGUGUUAGGUCACCGAGGGAAGAGUAUAAACAGCUUCACUUUAUCUACUUUUAGUGGCCAUUUGAAUCCAGAAAAUAGAGGCAUUUCUUCUUACAGAAAAGAUCCCACCCCCCCAACCCCGCCCCCCCAAAAAAAAAAAAAAAAAAGAGAGCAUUCCUUUGCACAGAUUCGUUCCCAGAUUAUCUUCAAUAUUGCUGUCUAAUUCAAAUUCUGAAGGAAGCAAUUGAGGUUCACUAAUGUACAAUGUUCUCCUAGGCCAUUCUUUGAAUUAUUUCUUUAUCCUUCAAUUGGAUAAUGUAUCCAAGGUUCCUCAAAAUUUGUGCUGGAAAAAUAUAAUCUCUGCAGGCAGGAAGGCCUCUCACUGAUGCUCAGUAUAUUUUCUUUUAUUUAUUAUUAUUUUGGAGAAUAUCGGUGCAAUGAAAGC